AAAAUACACGUAUCAGGAACGUGUUGUUAGCUCAAUUGAGUGGCGAACGUGUGUAAAGGGACUAACAGCAGCACGUGCUGCCCGUAACUGAACGACUGAGAGCUUCAACGAGUUGUAGUGUGUGUGCAAAGAUGGCAUCGCCGGAGCAGCUCGUCGUAGCCGCACUGCAGGGCGCCGCCAAUCCGAAUCACGAGAUUGUGCAGAAAGCAGAGGCACAGCUUAGCGAGUGGGAGCAACAGGCCGGCUUCUUUCCCAUUCUGGCCAAGCUGAGCAUGAAACUGGCCAGCGACAUCGACGCGCCAUCCGAAACCCUCUCAGACGCCGUUAAAGUUCGUUGGAUGGCGGCUGUUUACCUCAAGAAUGGCAUCGAACGCUAUUGGCGUCACAAUUCGCGCCUAGAAUUGGUACCCGAGCAGAAACAGGAGAUCCGAGAUAUUCUGCUGCAACACUACAGUGCCGAGGAUGUGCCCCAGGUGGCAUUGCAAGUGGCUGUGCUGCUGAGCAAAAUUGCACGCAUUGAUUGUUGGCCCGAGCUGCUUCCCACACUGAUGAAGCAGCUGCAGGCCUGCAGCGUUGCCGGUGAAGCCCCUGCCACACCCCUACUAGCUCAGCAGCAGCAUCGCACGCUCAUUGUGCUGCACUAUGUGAUCAAGGCGCUGGCAUCGCGUCGCCUCAUGGCCGAGAAGCGGGCAUUUGAAGAGCUGGCCGGUCAAAUUUUUCGAUACAUGGCCUGGGAUAUCUGGGCAACGCUCACCACACGCUUUCUCCAGCUGGUGAAGACGGACACAGAGGCACAGGCACACAGUUGCCUGCAACGCGCCUACAUUGCGAUGCGUACUCUGCGCAAGCUCGUCGUCUAUGGCUGUGGCAGCAAGCCGUACAAGUCCACCGAUCACAUGAACUUCAUUGAACAGCUGUUCGAGCGACUGCGUCAGUGCUUGGAGCUGCGUUAUGAGCUGCGGAUGCGUUCAGCUGGGCAUCAGUUGAUCACGGAUCUCGAACGUUUCAUAUUGAAGAUGAUGAAGACGCUGAACGAAUUCAUGGAACGGCACUCACUUUCCUUUGCUCGCUUUGUGCCCGUCGCCUUGGAGUUUAGCUUCCACUAUGUGUUUCACGAGGGCACCGCGCUCAUCUUUGAUGCUGGCGAACGCAUCAACUUCAGCAACUUUGUCAUACAGGCCAUCAAUCUGCUCAAGGGCAUCAUGAUGAGUGGCAACGACAGCCUAGCCCCACAUGCCUCGGACAAUACGCUGGAGGAUGAGCUGCUUGCCUCGGCGGCGCAGACACAGAGCAAAUUCUUCAGCCUGGAGCGCGUGACGUAUUUGUGCGAGAAGAUUGUCACGCAUUAUUUUCUGCUCACACAGGAUGAGCUGGCAGAAUGGCAGCAGGAUCCCGAGGGCUAUGGCCAGGACGAUGGCGGUGGCGAUGCCUGGAAAUACGAGCUGCGUCCCUGCGUCGAGACGCUCUACUUCACCUGCUUCACCCAGCACUCCAGUGUCAUGAUCAACGAGGUGCUCAAGUUUGUGCGUCGUGCGCAGCAACUGCAGUUGUCGGAGACCUCCGAACUGAAGGCCAUUCUUCUCAAAGAUGCCAUCUAUAAUGCUGUCGGGCAGGCGGCCUUUCACUUCUUCAACAAACUGGACUUUGGCGCCUGGCUAACGUCGCAGCUGCUCGCCGAGCUGCGCAUUGAGGCGCCCAACUUUCGCAUACUGCGUCGCCGCAUCAUUUGGCUGGUGGGUCAUUGGGUAGGCGUCCAGUUGCCUCGCGAACUGCGACCCGUGGCCUAUGAGGCAUGUCUACAUCUGCUGCGCCCGGAGGAAGAUAUGCCCAUUCGAUUGGCCGCCGCUCGCACUCUCAAUUUGCUGAUUGACGACUUUGAGUUCAUGCCGGAGGCGUUUCAUCCAUACUUUGCUGCUCUGUUUGAGGCGCUAUUUCUGCUGCUGCGCGAGGCUGCCGCCUGCGAUACGAAGAUCGUUGUGCUGGGCACCAUGACGCUGCUGGUGGAGAAGAUGAGCGAAUAUAUCGAACCUCAGGCACUGCAAUUAAUCUCUUAUCUGCCGCUGCUUUGGCGCGAGAGCGAGCUCAAUGAAUACAAUAUGCUGCGCUGUGCCAUCAUUGGCACUUUGGAGCAGCUGGUGCGCACCAUACGCGAUGUGCCGGAGAUUAUGAAGCCCUUCCUCUACAGCGUCAUAGAGCUGAGCACAGAUCUGCAGCAACGCUCGCAUGUUUAUCUCAUCGAGGAUGGCAUCAUGCUUUGGCUGGCGGUAAUUGGCAACUCGACCACGCUGACACCGGAACUGCUGGCACUUUGUGAUCACCUGCUGCCCAUCAUUGAGGUGUCGUCGGAGAAUCUCCGCACAGUGCUGCAGCUAAUACACGCCUACAUUCUGCUCGACCCUCAUGCAUAUUUGAGUCGAUAUGGCGAGGGAUUUGUGGCGUAUUGCGUUCACUCGUUUGAGGACAUACGCGCCGAGGGCAUCAUUGCCAUGCUGCGCAUAUUCGAGACGUGCCUCAAGACGGACGCAACGAUGGGACUGCGUCUGGUGCGUCCAGCUCUGCCCUUUGUCUUCCAGCAGGUGUGCCUCAAGCAGGAAUACCCCAUGACCAUGGGCUGGUAUCUGACGCUGCUCGCACGCACGCUGCUCAUCGAUCAGUCGGUGUUCAUGUCUGUGGUGCAGGAGUUGCCACAAACGGAUGCACUUGCGCGCAUUCUCGACGUGUGGAUCGAGAUGUUUCCCCUCGUCGCCGACACGCACGCGGAGAAACGCAAGCUGUUCUGCCUGGCAUUCGCAUCGAUCUUUGGCAACAAUGAGCUGCUGCUCGCCAGAUUGCCGCACAUCCUGCAGCUGGUGGAGGAGACGCUGGCCGAGGUGAUGGACAAGCAAUAUACCGCGUCGGAUGAGGGCGCCGAUAAGGCGACGCAACGCUAUUACGACUCGCUGGUCAUACACGACGAGCACGAGCUGGAGGACUUCCAGGAGCAGCUGUACGAUGACUUUCACUCGAAGACCUAUCAUGACGACAGGCACCGUCAGCUGGUGCUCAAGGAUCCGGUGUAUAAGAUACCAUUAACCGAUUACCUCAAGUGGCAGCUGCAGAGUCUGCAGACGCAGCUGGGCGCCGCACGCUACGAGCAGCUGAUGCGCGGCGUUUGUCCCGAAAUUCUCGAGAAGAUUAACAUGUACAUAGAGCAGACGGUGCCAAAGGCGUGUGGCGUUUGCGCCGGCACCACCGAUGAUCAGGAGCAGCCGCCCGAUUCCAGCAGCCAAAAGGCGCCCGACUGUUGACCAUCACUGAUAUCGUUAUCGUCAUCGUCCUCUUCAUCAUCGCAAGCUAAGUCCACAACCACAUCCACACUGGCGCUGGAGCCGUUCAUUGCUGUGCUUCAAAAGCUUUCUACAUACUAAGUUAUUAAUGUAUUUUGUAUUGAAAUUAUAUAUUUUUUAAUUGUUAAACGA